AUGACUGGGAGAGACGAGGUCUCAGAGGGCAAAUCAAAAGGAAAAAUCUUGGCACCAAGUGCAGCAAACGAGAAACCUGUAAGAUUCCACGGACCUGCCAUGAGAUCUAAAGGCUUUGCCAUUACCGACCUGCUUGGUUUGGAAGCGGAACUGCAGCCACCUACUGUGUCUCACCUUAACUGUGAAAGUCAUGGGGCUAGUCUUGGUGGGAUGUCACUGACUAAUGGCUCUCUACCUCUCGGACUGGGCUUUCUGUGUGGUUUUGCUUCUCAGCAACCCACUGGGACUACCUGUCUGCUUCCAACCCACCACAUCCCAUUCCUCCAACCGAGGUCUGAGCACCAGUACCUGCACACCUCAGAGAAGCACAAGGAGAACAUAUCUGAUGAUGACAGCUUAAUGGGGGAUAAAAGUGACUUGAAGACAGCAAAUUCCCAGACAAAAAGAAAGAAAAGGAGACACAGGACUGUGUUUACUGCUCAUCAGCUGGAGGAAUUAGAGAAAGCAUUUAAUGAAGCCCAUUACCCCGACGUGUAUGCCAGAGAAAUGCUAGCUCUGAAGACGGAGCUACCUGAGGACAGGAUACAGGUCUGGUUCCAGAACAGAAGGGCUAAGUGGAGGAAGCGUGAAAAGUGCUGGGGCAGAAGCAGCGUUAUGGCAGAGUAUGGUCUUUAUGGGGCCAUGGUUAGACACUCCAUCCCACUACCGGAAUCAAUUAUUAAUUCAGCUAAAAAUGGACUGGUGGGAUCCUGUGCUCCAUGGCUUUUGGGGAUGCAUAAAAAGUCCAUAGACAUUACAAGGACAAUGGACAAUGAUGAUACAGUAGCAGAUACUUGUAGGACGGAUCACAAUAUUGAUGGAUUGAUAAACAAGGGAGAAUCGCAAAAACACACACAGGACAAGAGCAAUACAAUGGACAUUUCAGAAGAGAGAGCCAUUGACCUCUCAAGCAGUGCAAAACUAGAGAACCAUUGCACCAUGCGGCACUGCACCAUAAGAGACAGCCAGACACAGCACCCUGAUAAUGAGCCCUAA